AUGCCAUUGGAUGCUGGUGGUAAAGCUUCUACAGCCGUGGCGGCUGUGGUUGUGAAAAUGCAGCUGACCUUUGCCUCAGUUACCUUUGUUCUUGUGAUCGGUAUUGAAAGAGAUGUUCCAAGUCAGUUUGUCGAUAUACGACUAGGGGAUAUAUACCAGUCAGUUGACCUACCAAUGGAUUGA